AUGGCGAAUGAAGCUCCUUCCUCAAACACACACCGCCGCACAAACUACUCAUUUCCGUCAGCGACACCGUCAUCCUCCUUCCUUCACCAAUCCAACACCGGAUCUGCCUCCAUCGCCGACCCUUCAUCAACCUCCGAACCGCUCACAACCACCGAGGAGGAGGCACCAGUCAUCGGCGAUGACGAAGAUACCGGAGCACAAGUCGCUCCCAUCGUCAAACUCGAGGAGGUUGCCGUGACCACCGGUGAAGAAAACGAGGACGCCAUUCUAGAUCUCAAAUCAAAGCUUUACCGAUUUGAUAAGGAUGGGAAUCAGUGGAAGGAGAGGGGUGUUGGUACAGUCAAGUUCUUGAAACAUAAGGCUACCGGGAAGAAAGAUAACGAGAGAGAGUGA